AUGAAAGACAUUCAAAUGCCCGAAGAUGUCCGGCUGCGCCUUGAGCGCUUUAUGCGGAAGUACAAUCCUGGGAAGCUUGGCACAAUUGACGGCAUUUUGAAGGCAUACAGGGGAAGGGAGGAGCAGAUGUUUGAGGCACUGGUGAGGAAGUACGGCCCGGAGCCUUCACGGGAUGAGUUGCCUGACGCUGCUUCUGCCAAAACCGCCCAAUCCUCCUCUGUACACACUGAAGAAACCGAAGAUGUCCGGCUGCGCCUUGAGCGCUUUAUGCGGAAGUACAAUCCUGGGAAGCUUGGCACAAUUGACGGCAUUUUGAAGACAUACAGGGGAAGGGAGGAGCAGAUGUUUGAGGCACUGGUGAGGAAGUACGGCCCGGAGCCUUCACGGGAUGAGUUGCCUGACGCUGCUUCUGCCAAAACCGCCCAAUCCUCCUCUGUACACACUGAAGAAACCGAAGAUGUCCGGCUGCGCCUUGAGCGCUUUAUGCGGAAGUACAAUCCUGGGAAGCUUGGCACAGUUGACGGCAUUUUGAAGACAUACAGGGGAAGGGAGGAGCAGAUGUUUGAGGCACUGGUGAGGAAGUACGGCCCGGAGCCUUCACGGGAUGAGUUGCCUGACGCUGCUUCUGCCAAAACCGCCCAAUCCUCCUCUGUACACACUGAAGAAACCGAAGAUGUCCGGCUGCGCCUUGAGCGCUUUAUGCGGAAGUACAAUCCUGGGAAGCUUGGCACAAUUGACGGCAUUUUGAAGACAUACAGGGGAAGGGAGGAGCAGAUGUUUGAGGCACUGGUGAGGAAGUACGGCCCGGAGCCUUCACGGGAUGAGUUGCCUGACGCUGCUUCUGCCAAAACCGCCCAAUCCUCCUCUGUACACACUGAAGAAACCGAAGAUGUCCGGCUGCGCCUUGAGCGCUUUAUGCGGAAGUACAAUCCUGGGAAGCUUGGCACAGUUGACGGCAUUUUGAAGACAUACAGGGGGAGGGAGGAGCAGAUGUUUGAGGCACUGGUGAGGAAGUACGGCCCGGAGCCUUCACGGGAUGAAUCGCAUCUUUUGGAGCAAAAAAAGCCGCCGCCGAGUGGCGUUAAAGAUGUUAAGCGUUUGCAUUCUGAAGGCAUUUCAACAAGGAACGUCAUUGAAAAGAUCUUGCGUGCGGCUGAGGUAUCUUACGAGGAAGUGCUUCUGGCAUUGUGGUGCCAGAAGCGCUAUUUGUUUGAUGCCAUAAGUGAGUUGCCUACCACUGCUUCUAAAGAGUUGAGGGCUGAGUCCUUCUCCCCAUCGUCACAAGCCACUGCGUCCAGGGAGCGUUUAUCACGUUUCUUUACUAUGUACGCCCCGGAGAAGUUGAGCGGUAUGGAUGCUCUUAUCGAGGCUGCUGGGGCGGAGGGUAUGAAUAAGCUUAUCGACAGUCUUGUUGCGGUGUAUGGUCCGGAGCCAGCUGGGGAUUACGAGACAGAGGACAGCAGAAGUGCGGGGAAUGAAAACACGAAGAAGAGGUUUGUUUCGGACGGGGGUGACGAUAACAACGACUGCGAGGAACGGCAGCUUUUUGCUAAUUGGCUUGUUGGGACCGGGAGAGGUGCGGAAAAUAUCUUUUACACUCUUAUGCCAGAGGAGCAGCUACUAGAUUUUGUGGGGGCGACUUUUGGGGACUACGAGAACCGACUGCGGCGUCUUUUUGUGCGCUACAAUCCGGCACGUUUGCAGGAAGUGAAUUCGCUGGUUGCCGAUCAUCUUGGCCACGAGGAGGAACUCAUUGAGCAGCUCACGCGAGAGUUGGGGCCAGAGCCGGCGAGAUCUGCCCCAACGGCGUUAACGCGCCUCUUCAGUCGCCGUCGUAUCGAUGCUGACAGAAGCCACAUCGAAGAGGAGACAUGGAGUGAUAACGGCGAUAAUAAUGGCGGUGGUAAUGACAGGGUGAAUGGGGCCGAGCAUCUACCAAUGACUCUUGUGAACGGUCGCGCUCUUAUCGACGAAUACACUGCCAACGAGUCAGCCGAAUUCAGCGGCGAUGAGGCCGCAGCGUAUCCGCGUGACGAGGAGUAUUGGUACCGACUUUUUGUACAUUCUCGCGAAGACGCCACAAAUAAUGAUAACGAUACUGAUGACGAGUAUGAGGAUAAUUCUUUGCGUACGCACUGUGAUUCCGCAAAAAACGAUGGAUUGUCUACGGAUUGCGCACAAACAGCCACACUGUCUUCAACAACAAUAACGGGGGAGCACAGGUCUCUCGAUUCACCAACAACAGUUGAAUUACGCAAAAUAAGAGGGGGCAAACGGCGAAUUCGGGUAACGCUUGGCAAUAAAUUUGGUCAGGCAAUCGGCACGCUUUGCACGGCUUGCGGGGAGAGUGUUGUACAGUCGUUUGAGGCGCUCUGGCAGCCGGUAGGGCCGCAAUACCUGCAGCUGUUUUCAGAGACAGUGGUGAAAGACGGAUACCUGGAGAAGCUCUCACCCGACACCCGCCGCAUGGGUGUGAAAUGGCAGAAGCGGUAUUUUCGCGUGAACGACAAGGGAAUGCACUAUUAUGAGACGAGCGCCACCAGUGAGAAGCCAAAGGGAUACAAAGUGUUUACAAGGAACAGUGUGGUAAUAUCAGGCGUAGAUGCUUCGACGCACCCAAAUUGCAUAGACCGUCGCUAUCACUACUUUGCCGUUACCGUGAAUGAAUCAAACGACGUUUUUUAUCUCCGCACCCCUAGUGAUGAGGAAAAACGUCAAUGGGUCUCUUUUAUGCAGCUUGCCUUGGCUCGGAUGCGGCUCACAACAGUGGGCCAUGAUCAAAACCCGAGCCGCUGGCGUGCGAGGAUGACAGGGACGAGGGAGGCUAACAUUGCCCUUAUUGAAUUGGCACAGGCCUCCGCUAAUGUGCUGCAGAGCCUGGAGCAAAAACACAAUGAGUUACACGAGCGUAUCCGGUCAGAACGGGCACAACGGGAGCUGAUGGAGACACAAAUGUCGGAAAUGCAGAAACAACAGGAUUUUCUCGCACAGCGGAUUAAAGAAGCAAAGGCCCAGGCGCGCCUUGCCGAGGAGGAUGCUGAAGUGAAGUGUCUCGAGUUGGCAGAGCGGGCGGCAUCCAUCAAACAACGGCGACUUGAUAUGAAGGGCAACCUUGAAGAAGCGCGCAGCAGCAUAGAUGGCAUCACCCACUCAGUCCUCAAGCUGCAGCGCGACAUUGUUGACAUGGAAAACGAGUGCAGGGGCCGUGAGGCACAGCUACGGCAGGUUUAUAACAAGUGGCAACUUUGUGAGGAACGGCGAGCCUAUGAGAAGGGCGGAGAGUAUCGCAAAUUUAGCAGUUAG